GUGUGUGUGUGUGGUUACACAACAUCAUUCCACUCUGUGUAUGAAUACCUUCACCGCCUAAUUUUGACUGGUUUACUCUGUUUAUCAUGAAUGAAGCAGUUAGAGAUAUAACUGCAGGAGCCGUUGGAGGUGGAGUGGGUCUACUGGCCUGUCAGCCUUUUGAUACAGUAAAGUCAAGGAUUGUUGCUCUUAUUGAUACCCAAGGCAAUGGUAAUGGAGCUACAGCUACCGCUGGGAGGAAUCCUAUCGUCUAUAGAAAUGGCUUUGACUGUUUUGUGCAGACUUUUAAAACUGAAGGAAUACGAGGUCUAUACAAAGGAAUGAUGUAUCCAUUAAUAGGACAAGCUAUCAUCAAUGCAAUGAUAUUCUCAGUUGAAGGACAGUGUAUGAGGAUACUCCAACCAGAAGGAGGGAAAUUAAAAACUACUAACUCAAUUAUAUCAGGUUUUGUGGCAGGGUUUGUCCAAUCAACAGUCUGCAGUCCAAUGGAGCUCAUUAAGCUAAGAAUGCAGCUGCAAGGGAUGGGGGAAAGUGGCAAGGGACCGAAGUACAGGGGACCGUGGCAGAAUACAGUGGACAUAUGGCGGAGUGAUGGGAUCAGGAGAGGAAUAAUGAAAGGGUUCUGGUUAACUGUCGGUAGAGAAUGCACUGCCUUUAGUCUUUACUUCUCUUCGUUUCGGUUCUUCACUGAAACAAUGGCAGGUCCUAACAGCUCUAGCGACAGCCUGGGUCCAUUCUGGUUGGGACUAGCAGGUGGUAUGACCGGCUGUGUCGUUUGGAUUGCCAGUUAUCCGUUUGACGUACCAAAGACAAAGUUUCAAGGAGACGGAGUUCGUGGACCUGCAGAGUAUACCGGCUCUUAUGACUGCAUUAAGAAGUUGUUCAAAGGAUAUGGACCAGGUGUAUUCUAUAAAGGAAUCAAUCCUUGUCUGGUGAGAGGGUUUCUCAACGGGUUUGCAUUGCUACCGAGUGUAGAGUAUGUUAAGAGAUACUGGCCAUGGACUUGAUGAUUUAAUGUUGUUAUUAUAAUUUAUUUUUAUUACAAUUUUUAUUUGUAACUUAUGUCAAAAAAUACAAAAAACAGUCUUAAAAGUUAUUCAGCAA